CGUAUCACAAAAAAAUGGAGACGAUCGGCGGGUAAACGCUUCAUUACACGCUUUGUAACGUUAUUUCCCAUGGACACUUCUCAGUUUUUGAUUUCUGUGUCACGGACGUUGGCGGUGGACUAACAAAAAGACGUACGACCGCAUGAAGGAAGAGUGACGACUACACGAGGGAUUGUCCAACGAGAGUAAAUGAGAGGUGUGCUUCUCUACUGGCCUUUUGGAUGUAAAAAGUUGCAGUCAUUUAUUGGACACCGCUGUGAAAUUUCAGCUACUUGCCCCUCACCUUUUCUAUGAUACACUCACAAUCUACCUAAGAGACAGAGAGACUUAUUGCUACCAUGGAUGAGCAGCAGCAGGAGGAGGCAGAAGGUGUGUAUGUGGAGCACCAGUACAUGUGCAGCGAGUGCCACCAGCUGUUCAACACCCUCGAGGAUGUGCUGAUCCAUCAGCAGAUUCACAUCGGCCAAGAAGGCGAGGGGGAAGGUGAGGUAGGGGAGGCCAUGACCAUCCACGGUGUCCCGGAGAUGGGGCAGAACCAGCAGUACCAGUGUCUGGAGUGUGGGAGCCUCCUCCUGAACCCGGAGGAGCUGCUGCAGCACCAGGAGAUGCACAUGAGAGAGGCUGGGAUGGAGGUUGAGCAACAAGAGCUGGAGACAGAAGAAGCUGGAUCGGAGGCUCAGGUGUCGGGACCGGUUCAGUACCAGUGUCUCGAUUGUCUGGCUCUGUUCGAUUCCCCUGAAACCUGGCUGGAGCACCGGCGAACUCACAGCAGGAGCAGCACACACAGCAACACAGAGACCACAGAGUAUGUAUUACAGCCGGAUGGUACUGUCACUCCACUGAACAAUAUGCAGAACUACGUGUUGAGUGAGCAGCAGGCUGGAGAGAUCUUGGCUCAGGUACUUGCCCAGCAGCAGCAGCAGCAACAGAAGAAGAAGCGUCAGUCUCUCUCUAAAUCUGCUGCACCUUCCCGGUCCGCCCUGCUGCCUCCCGUGACUCCCACUCCAGGCUCCGCCACCAUGCACCUGCAAAUUCUUACAGCUCAAGCUCUGGCAGACAACUCCACUCCCACCCAGCGUCGCUCCAAACUGCCCCAUCUGUUCCCUGCAGCGAGCCGAAGCUCUUCUGCAAAGUUGGGCGUCCUGGAGAACGGUGUCCAGAGACUGGAGUUAAGACUGGCCCAGAGCACCCAUGCAGACCGCCAGCAGCAGCAGCAGCCGACUGAGGUGGUGGUCAUCCACCCUUACGAAUGCACCGAAUGCUCCCUGCUCUUCCAGACGCCAGAGGACUUCCUCCAGCACCAGGGAGAACACUUCUUGGGCCAGGACAAAGAGAGCGGAGAGCCAGGGGUCAUGAGUGGCUUUGAGGAGAUGCGAGGGAGGGAAGAAAGUUCGGAGAAAGCGGAAGACGUACGAAUGAGAGUCGCUGAGAAGAAACCGGCCGUGUGGGUCAAACCCCAGCAGUGUGAGCUUUGCAGCCGCACCUUCACCUCAGUCAAUCGGUUGGCCGCUCACAAACGUGUGCACGAGCAGGGCACGCACGAAUGCUCAGAAUGUGGCAAGGUGUUUAAGAAGGCAACAUCGCUGCAACACCACAUGCGUACACACUCAGGCGUCGCCCGCUAUCUGUGUGUGGACUGUGGCAACGGUUUUACCACUGAGAUGACUCUGAUCAUGCACAGGAAGUUACACACAGCAGACCCCCUUCAUAAGUGUCAGUUCUGCAACAAAGCUUUCGCCAACAUGACCAAGUACCUCUACCACCGUCGAACCCAUCUCAACCGUGACACAUCAGGCAUACCCCCCUCUGUCUCUAUGAUAUUGGCUCCAAAAAGAGCAUCUGCUUCUGCCCUUUCCAUCCUACAGAGAGCGAGAGAGAUAAAGAAUCCCCAGAGGGUGGAGGCAAAAAUCAACCUGCUGGCUCCUCUCACAGAGGAAGAGAUGGAAACGCUGGGGGAUUCAACACAAAGUUCUCAGAGCGUAGUGGAAGGAGGUGAAGCUGAGAAGGAGGGGGAGCACAGCAACAUGGAGGUGUCUGAGCCACUCGAAGGAAACUCUCGUGAUUUUCAGCAGGUGGAGGAUGCCAGCGUCUCUGCUGUAAACCUUCCUGCUCUGGAUGAGAGCUGUGCAGGAGUCAGGUCUAAUGCUAAUGACUCGGCUGAAGCUGCUUCUUUUACGCCAUCAGACAGAGAGCCUUCUUCUUCUUCUCAUUCAUGCCCUAAAGCGUUUCCCUCCCAGCUCCAGGUCGUACACCAUCGACGCAAGCCCCAUGUCCCAGAGCGUAGUUUUAUUUGUGGCAUCUGUGGGAAGUCUUUUAAGAAGCAGAUCCACGUACGAAAUCACAUCCGUACACACACUGGUGAGCGACCCUUCCAGUGUUCUGACUGUGGCAAAACGUUCUCAUCUUUAGCCAACCUGAUGAGGCACAAUCUCAUCCAUUCUGGUGUGCGUCCGUACCGCUGUGACGUCUGCCAUCGCUCCUUUUCCCAGUCGUCUAACCUUCGUCAGCACAGCAUGCUCCACUCUAGCGCCGCAACGCUCAGCUGCCCUGACUGCCCCGCCACCUUUCGCUGGCCCACCAAGUUAGCAGCACAUCGCUACACCCAACAUCCAGGAGCUCCAGCCCCAUUUCCCUGCAUUCACUGCGAGGCCGGCUUCCUAACCAGGAGGCAACGAGACAGCCACUGUCUGGAGCAGCACCCCACGCUGGUGCAAGCUGGUACAGGCCUAGAGGUGAGCAAAGAGACCCACUACCAAGCAGGGCUGGACAAGGAUGUGACCUCAGAGGCCUCUAGUUCAACGACAGCAGGAACAGAAUCAGGGGAUUCAGCCAGUCUUGUGAGGGGGGGCUUGGAUUGUAACAUUUGUGGGAAGAAGCUCAAUUCUCCUGCCAAUCUGCGACUUCACAGACUGAGCCACUUCACUCUGGGCCCCGGACGGCCACGGUGCAACCCAGGGAAGCGACCGAAAGCUCACCAGUGCCCCGUUUGCGGCAAACUGUUUGUGUCUUCCUCUGGAGUAGCACUUCACCAACGAGUCCACACCGGUGAACGCCCAUUCCCCUGCCAAGUGUGCGGAAAGCGCUUCCGUCAGAACACACACCUGAGAGAGCACCUGCGCACGCACUCGGGUGAACGGCCUUUUUGCUGCGAGGUGUGCGGAAAGGGCUUCAUCCAGAGUAUGCACCUGGCGGAACACCGGCGAACGCACACAGGCGAACGGCCACACGUGUGUCCACUUUGCGGUAAAGCCUUCAAGACCUUCUCGAACCUCAGGAACCACAAGAAGACCCACACCAGGCAGCAGAGGCUGGAAGAGGAGGCUGCUGCCCAAGCUACCAUGGAGAGCAGCUCCUCUGUGGCAGUGUUAGAUGCUUCUACAGUGGGACAAGUGAAUGGGCAGCCACAGCUAAUCCAGAUCCAAACCUCUGAUCUACAGCAGACGCAGGGCACUCCAACCAUUAUGUGCAAUGAGUUUGGGGAGACCAUCGCCAUCAUUGAGACCAGUGAAGGAGGAGCGCUGCCUCUGGAGCAGGCUCUGGAGAUCUACCACACUGCUCUGGAGAACGGCCUCGCCAUGGACGGACUGCAGCUCCUCUGAGGGGUUAAAAAGACUCUUUAUUCUUGAGCUCUAUUGUAGAAUUCACGAGACCAACAUGAGUCUUAAUCCUGAUUAAAAUAAACGCUAAUCGACUACUGUGAGACUGAGUGUUCAGUUCUGAGUCUUGAUCUACUGGAACCAGAUGAAAAUGUUCUGGACGAGAGCUGAUUAAUUUCAGCAAAAAGACCAAAGUAUGUUAAAAUCCUCUUUUUACAAAGCUGAGAGGGAUCAGUAUUAAAGUGUUUAGAAGUGAUGCAUAUUAAAAUGUAUGAUGUGUGAAUAAGGAAUACGGACCAUUGGUUGUGCCUCAGAUGACAUUUGUAUGAUUUAAUUUAAUGCUUAUGACAUUGAUGUGAUUUUCUUGUAUUUAAAGGUCAACCGGUUAUAAAUAGUUGAAUAAAUGUUUUUUCAAGAUCA